CUAUACUCAAUCCCUCUUGUUAUGAAGGCCAAAGCUCAAUGUGCCUAUGUCCUGAUAGUGACUGCAGUAUAUUGGGUCUCGGAGGCCGUCCCACUUGGUGCAGCAGCGAUGGUACCUGCCUUUCUCUUCCCGUUGUUUGGAGUCUUAAAGGCCAGUGAAGUUGCAUCGGAGUACUUCAAGGACACUACCUUACUGCUGAUUGGUGUCAUCUGCCUGGCUGCUUCCAUUGAGAAGUGGAAUUUGCACAAGAGGAUUGCCCUUCGUAUGGUGAUGUUGGCAGGUGCUAAACCGGGAAUGUUGGUGCUUGGUUUCAUGUGCUGUACUGUGUUCUUGUCCAUGUGGCUCAGUAACACCUCUACCACUGCUAUGGUGAUGCCAAUUGCAGAAGCUGUGCUGCAGCAGCUCAUCAAUACCAGCCUGGAAUCUGAUGCGGAAUUAACUGUAAUCACGGACACUGACAGCAUAGAAGAUGCCUACACUAGUUCUGGCUCCCAUAAAUAUGAAGACGAGAAUGAGAAAAAGCAGCUGGAACUAAUCUAUCUUAAAGAAAAUGCAGCAAAGAAGAACCAACUUGACCAGAAAAUGCUGACUGAACCACAGGGGCAGAACCAGAUUAAUCCCAUUAAGGAAUACAGCAGUAAAUACAAAACCAAGCAUGACCACAUGAUCUGCAAGUGUCUGUCACUGAGCAUCACUUACGCUGCCACAAUUGGAGGCCUCAUGACGAUCACUGGAACGUCAACCAAUCUCAUCUUUGCUGAACAAUUCAACAAUCGCUACCCAGAAUCACGAUCUAUCAACUUUGGAACAUGGUUCGUAUUUAGUUUUCCUAUUGCCAUCAUCAUGUUGGUGCUCACAUGGAUCUGGAUGCAUUGGCUUUUCCUGGGAUGCAAUUUUAAGGAAACGUGUUCUCUUAGUAAGAAGAGGAAGACAAAACGUGAGGAAAUGUCUGAAAGGAGAAUUCAGGAAGAGUAUGAAAAAUUAGGGCCAUUCAGCUAUCCAGAAAUGGUGACUGGAAUUUUUUUUGUGCUGAUGACAUUGUUAUGGUUUACCCGGGAGCCAGGAUUUGUCCCUGGAUGGACAUCACUCUUUGAAAGAAAAGGCUACAGGACAGAUGCCACUGUUUCCAUCUUCCUGGGGUUUCUUCUCUUCUUGAUUCCAGCUAAGAAACCAUCUUUCCCCUGUUAUGGCAAAAUGAAUGAAGAUGAGGAAAGUGCGAAAGACACAAAGAAUUUGAAUGUCUCAAAGGACCCCAACCCACUGGCACCACUGAUAAAUUGGAAAGACUUUCAAAAGCACAUGCCAUGGGAGAUUGUCAUCCUCGUGGGAGGGGGCUAUGCCUUGGCAGCAGGCUGCAAGGUGUCUGGCCUAUCUAAUUGGAUUGGACGUCAGAUGGAACCAAUGAGUAACCUCCCUGCAUGGGCUGUUACAUUAAUUGCUUGCCUUUUGGUGUCAGUUGUCACUGAAUUUGCAAGUAAUCCAGCUACCAUCACAGUUUUCCUACCAAUUCUUUCCACGUUGUCUGAAACUCUGCAGAUUAAUCCCUUGUACACAUUGAUACCAGCCACUAUGUGUGUGUCCUUUGCUGUGAUGCUGCCUGUUGGUAAUCCACCAAAUGCCAUUGUCUUCAGCUAUGGUCACUGCCAGAUUCAGGAUAUGGUGAAAGCUGGAUUCGGAGUGAAUGUGAUUGGGGUGGUUGCCGUGAUGCUGGCUAUCACCACCUGGGGAUUUCCUUUAUUCCAACUUGAACACUUCCCUGACUGGGUUUCUACUAGCAACAUAACGAGAGGCCUUUAA